UGUCAGCACCCUUUAACGGUAAAAUCUAAUUUGUUUUCGAUCCUCUCUCUUCUUCCGCGUCUUCAUGACUUCUCCCUCAGCCAUGACUUUGGUUGCACCCUCGGCCUUUGCUUCUGCCCACCAGGCUUCUUCUCCGGCACCAACUCCGCUUCAGUCGCGACUAACAUCCACUAUUGUAGCGCCGACUUUUCCAAUUGGCGCCACCAUGUCCCAAGUGAUGCAGCCCGCUCUAGCUUCCGUGAACGACACUUCUUCCCCCUUCACCACAUAGUUCACGGCACCAACGACGUCUUCGGUCCAGUUCUCCCUCUUCGAUAAUCUGCCGCCCCGAUUUACUUGGAUGCCGCCAACGUCAGCCCCUCCUUUGACGUUGGACCCACUGUGUUCUAUGACACUAGAGCCACCAUACCUUGUUAGUGGGCCGUACUUCGGACCUACCUUUGCGGGCUCACCUGGAGCCUCUUCAUCUGCGAUUUCUGCUUUGCCUGGACAACCUACUGCUGCCAUUUUUUCUCCCAUGGCAGCUUUGGCGCAGAGUAUUUCUCAUGUUUCUACAAACGUCACUCACAUCAUGACUACAAAGCUUCAGGCGAUAGAAGAUUAUGUUACUUGGAGGGCUCAAUUUGAGUCGUUUCUGGUGUCUCAGGGCCUUCUCGGCAUGAUUGAUGGUUCUAUUCAGGUACCUCCUCUCUAUUCCGUAGACAUGCAAAAUAGACAAAUCCUGAAUAUUCAUUUUGGUUGCACAUUGAUCAAACUAUUCGUGCCUGGUUUUUUGCUACAUUGUCUGAGGAUGUUUUAGUUGAUGUUCGAUCACGAUGUUAGACAUUCUAUUAGAAUUUGGGAUCGUUUAGAAUCCCUUUUUAUGUCGGCUAGUUUAGCCCGCUUUAUGGAAUUAAAACGUAUGUUAAAUCAUCUUAAGAAGAAAUCUGAUCGGUCUAUGGAUCACCAUUUUAGGGAAGUUAAAACUUUGACAGAAGCUCUUGCGAUGAUUAAUUGUCCAGUGACUCAUCGGGAUUUACUUCAGUCUAUUAGUAUGGGGCUAGGGCCUGACUAUGAAUCUCUCAUUACUACUGUCUCCCUAUUUCCCCAACAAUUUCCCUUUGAGACACUGAGGACACAUCUACUUGAGCAAGAACAACGGGUGUUAUAUCUUAAGCAGCAGGACUCUCUUAGCACUCAUCAAGCUUUUGGAGCAGGUGUUAAUGGUCAGAAUGCUCCACGUCCUCCAGUUUAUGCGCCCCGAGGGAGAGGGGGUCGUGGCCGCGGAAGACAGUCGCAUGAGCAGUCGUACGGUCAGCAGCCAUAUGGGCCCCAACCGUAUGGCCCUCAGUCGUAGCAUUAUCAGCCGACUCCUCCGACAGGUCCCAGCACACAUCCAGGGGGUGGUUUUGCUCCCGCUUCAUCAGGUACUGUAUUAGUUAGUUCAUCUGUGUCAAAUUUAAAUAUUAAUGUGUCUCGUGUUGGUGUUACUAAUGUUGGAUAUGCAGACUUCUCUUCAGAUGGGGGUAUUCUUGGAUCCGUCCCACCACCCAUAGUUUGUCAAAUCUGUUUCUCUUCAGAUGGGUUUAUUUUUUAUUUACUUUUUUUUAUGUCCUUCUCGCUUCAAUCAUCCUUCUGCAUCGGCCUUGCAGACGCCUCCCGGAGAUGCUAAUCAGGCCUUGUGGUACCCGGACUCCGGUGCUUCUGCUCACAUGACUAGUUCUGAAGGACAAAACCUCGGGAGCGGUGCUUCUACAAGCUACGAGUAGUGGGUCUCUUUAUCCUCUCAGUCUGCGUCAUCCUCCACUUGCUCUUUCGUCUGUGAUAGCUCCUGGUCCUGUGUGGCAUCGUAGGCCAGGUCACUGUAGUGACACUAUAUUACAGUUUCUUAAACGUCAAAAACUCUUAUGUAGUAGUUCCAAUUUUUCUCAUAGCUGUGUUGCUUGUCGUCUAGGCAAAUCUCAACGUGUACCGUUUUCUAAUGCUAGUCAUAAUUGUUGGUUACCUUUG